AUGGCCAGCGAUCUACCCCAAGUUCAGCGGUACAUCACCACCCACGACGCUUCCGGCAACUCCAUAAUCGACCAGUCGAUACCUACUGCUGCGCCGUGGUAUAGCCUACCUGACAACUCGGCCAUCUUCGCACAAUGCUACGCAACUCGCGGCUUUCCUGUCAACCUGUCUGGCGACAAAGACCUCCAGCAGUACCGGGAGUUACUGGAUGACGCCCCAGGCUUGGUUGUUUCGAAUGGAACUGUACUGCGUUACGUCGACAUCGGGCCAAACGUGACAUCGCCGAUACAUCGCACUCCCUACCCCGUUCUACCAAGCAUCUCAAAUCCCUGCUCCCUGCGUGCCAAGAUGGCGGCAAUGAUAACCGCCAGGAAGCUUGUCGUUUUCGGCGGAGGUCCUGCCGGAAUGGCCACGGCACUUUCCUUCAUCAAAGCCGGGUUCAAAGUCAAGGUCUACGAAAGGUAUCCUUCCGCCAAACCCGCGGGAACCCUCCUCAACUUGUGGCCACCUCCCAUCCACGCUCUGAAAAGCAUGGGCGUCGACAUCAAGGGCCUAGGUGCUCCUUGCCAUACCAGUUUCCGCAACUCAAUGGGCCAUGUGCGAGCCGAUCUCCGAUUGCCCCGAAGAGAUCAUCGAUGA